AUGAACACAAACAGCAACCAAGAUCUCCUAAUCAACACUCAACAAACCCAAAUUCCACAAUCCGACCCAUAUUCUCACCAACCCCAUCCAGUCCAACAAAGCCCUAGCGCUCACCCUCACCCUCAGCCCCGCCGGCCUCGCGGCUUCGCUGCCACUGCCGCAGCUGCUGCUGCAUCCUCUGAUAACACCCCCACAGUUUCAUCUCCCAAUGCCUCAGGUAAAGGUAAGAGAGAAAGAGAAAAAGAAAAGGAGAGAACCAAACUUCGAGAACGACAUCGCCGUGCUAUUACAAGUAGAAUGCUCACAGGUCUGAGACAAUACGGUAAUUUCCCUCUCCCCGCGCGUGCUGAUAUGAAUGAUGUAUUAGCUGCUUUAGCGCGCGAGGCUGGUUGGACUGUUGAAGCUGAUGGCACCACUUAUCGUCAAUCGCCUACACCUUCACAUACGGGAUCAUUUGGAGUGAGGUCAGUGGAAAGUCCGUUACUAAAGAAUUGUGCAGUGAAAGAGUGUCAGCCGUCGGUUCUUAGAAUUGAUGAGAGCUUGUCCCCAGGGUCGCUUGAUUCGGUGGUGAAUAGCGAGAAAGAGAAUUCAAGAAAUGAGAAGUAUGCAAAUACGAGUCCGAUUAAUUCUGUCAUUGAAUGCUUGGAUGCUGAUCAGCUUAUACAAGAUGUUCAUUCUGGCAUGCACCAAAAUGAUUUUAUGGAGAAUUCUUUUGUUCCUGUUUAUGCAAUGCUUGCAAAUGGGUUUGUCAACAAUUGCUGCCAGUUAAUUGAUCCGCAAGGAGCUAGACAGGAGUUAAGUCAUAUGAAGUCUUUAGAUGUGGAUGGUGUCGUUGUUGAGUGUUGGUGGGGAAUUGUUGAAGCAUGGAGUCCUCAGAAGUAUGUAUGGUCUGGCUAUAGGGAAUUGUUUAAUAUUAUCCGAGAAUUCAAGUUGAAGUUGCAGGUUGUGUUGGCAUUUCACGAAUAUGGAGGAACUGACUCUGGUGAUAUUUUGAUCUCACUUCCCCAAUGGAUUUUAGAGAUUGGGAAAGAGAACCAGGACAUAUUUUUCACAGAUCGUGAAGGAAGGAGGAAUACUGAAUGUCUAUCUUGGGGCAUCGACAAAGAGCGAGUUUUGAAAGGAAGAACUGGUAUAGAGGUUUAUUUUGACUUUAUGAGAAGCUUCCGCAUGGAGUUUGAUGACUUAUUCACAGCGGGCCUUAUUUCUGCUAUUGAAAUUGGACUUGGACCAUCUGGGGAACUAAAGUAUCCAUCCUCUCCAGAGAGGAUGGGAUGGAGGUAUCCUGGUAUCGGUGAGUUUCAGUGCUAUGAUAAAUAUUCACAACAAAAUCUUCAAAAAACAGCUAAACUACGUGGACAUUCAUUUUGGGCUAGGGGGCCUGACAAUGCUGGUCAUUAUAACUCUAGGCCACAGGAAACUGGAUUUUUCUGUGAACGAGGUGAUUAUGAUAGCUACUUUGGUCGCUUUUUCCUCCAUUGGUAUUCCCAGUCACUGAUAGACCAUGCCGAUAAUGUUUUGUCUCUUGCAAGCCUAGCAUUUGAGGAUACGAAGUUAAUCGUCAAGCUUGCUCAGUCACAUCACCUUCAACAUGAUGCAACUGCUACUGCCAUUGUCAUCACAGCUCCACCUGCUUUCAGUGUCACACUAAAAUUGUUCCACAACUAUCAUGUUCCUGCUGUUUAUUGGUGGUACAGGACUGCCAGCCAUGCAGCAGAGCUAACAGCAGGAUACUAUAACCCUACAAACCAGGAUGGCUAUUCUCCAGUUUUUGAGGUUUUGAAAAAACACUCUGUGAUCAUGAAGUUUGUUUGCUCAGGAUUGCAAGUUUCAGGUUUUGAGAAUGAUGAAGCACUUGUUGAUCCAGAAGGCUUGAGUUGGCAGGUUUUGCAUUCUGCUUGGGACCGAGGAUUGACAGUGGCUGGUCUAAAUAUGCUUGCUUGUUAUGACAGGGAAGGGUAUAGGAGAGUGGUUGAGAUGGCGAAGCCAAGGAAUGAUCCUGACCACCAUCAAUUUUUGUUUUUUGUGUAUCAACAGCCAUCACCUUUGGCUCAAGGAACAAUUUGCUUUCCAGAGUUGGAUUACUUCAUCAAAUGCAUGCAUGGUGAGAUAUCUGGUGAUCUAGUCUCCUGA